AUGUCAUAUGAAUGUAUGAAUAGAGGAAUCGAAGAGUCUGGGGAGUAUGUAGAAGACGAGCUGUCGGAAGGGAAAAUAGCCGAGCUAGGAAUCAAUGGAACAGUAACACUUGAGCAAAAUGAGGAGCUGACAGCACAUGCAACAGUACCGAACAAGGUGAGAACCAGGGCAAAUCUAUUUGCGGGCAACAGAUCUUCGGAAAAUGGUAUGGUACCAUCUUACUUUUCCCCAAAAAUUGUUGAUGGUAACAUUGUGGUUAAAGUUGACAAAGAAGAAAUAGAGGAACAGAAUAAGAUAUGGGAAUGUGCCCUAAUCGUCUAUGUAAUUGGAGAUUUGCCAAGAUAUAAAUUCAUGGGAAAAUAUGUUGCUCAAGCUUGGAGUAAAGUAAACAUACCUGAUUUGUAUCUACAUGAUGAAGGAUACUAUAUAGCAAAGUUUCACACAAUUGGGGAUCUAAAGGAUAUCCUGUAUGGAGGGCCCUAUACUAUUAGUGGUAGACCAAUUGUCUUGAAGCAAUGGACACCAGAUUUUGAUAUUAAGGCAGAAUUCUUGAUGGAGAUUCCUUUGUGGGUUACUAUACCUAAUUUGCCUAUGAGUUACUGGCGUAACAAGACACUAAGCAAGCUAGCAAGUGCCAUUGGGAAGCCAUUAUUUGCAGAUGAAUGUACCACCAAGCAGACUCGUGUGUCCUAUGCAAGAAUUUUGGUGGAAGCUAAUGUGACAAAACAGCUUCCCACUGAAUUGACUUUGCAAGAACCAUCGGGAAAAUGGUCCAGGUGCAAGUGGAAUAUGAGUGGAAGCCACAGUACUGUAUAA